AAAAUUUAAUGUUUCCGAAGCGAAGCGAGGGCGGGUUGCUAGUUAUAAAUAUGUGUUUCGGAGCAGGGAUUCGAUUGUAAAAAGAUUAAGGGAUUGUGUAAGGACCCGGUGUGCGCCCCGGGUAGUGAACGGGGAGUAUCCUUCCUUGUCAGUGUGAAGGAUGUGUGUCCAGGACCCGGACGUGUUCCCGUCGGACUGUCUGCAGUACAUGGAGAGCGUGCCGCCGCCCGGGCCGUGCGCGGAGCCCGGGGCGCUGCUCGAGGUGCUGGUGGGGGAGGUGUACUCCCCUUCGCACUUUUGGCUCAUCCGGCUCGGGGACCACUACAACAUUGCCAUGGAGAACAUCAUGGACGAAAUGAACGCGUACUACGGGGCGGGCGGCGCGGGCUCGGCGCGGCGGCUGGCGGUGGGCGCCGUGCGGGCGGGCCACUACGUCGCCGCGCUGUACGCCGCCCACUGGCACCGCGCGCUCAUCGUGCAGCUGCUGGACGCCGACCUGGUGAAGGUGCGGCACGUGGACUACGGCACGGUGAGCCGCGCGCGCGUGGCCGAGCUGCGGCCNNNNGCAGGCGUGGCGCGCCCGCCUGGCCGGCGCCCGGCCCGCCGCCCGGGGCCGCCGCUGGCCGCGCCCCGCCGCCGCGCACUUCCUAAACCUCAUCUCAUUUGUCAUUCAUCUUUAAAAUUAAUUAUUCCGGGGCUUCCUGAGAGCUAUGUCGUGUCCUCGGCUGGAGGCAGGGUCUUGGCUGUACCUUCGGUAUUGCUGACAUCCAUGAGCGAUGGUGAUCAAUUACCACCACAGUUGUCUGACUACAAGCGCAAAAAAUGGCAUUGCGUUAUGGUUGUUACUUGA